AGCGUUUUCGGGUUAAGGCCUUCGAGUGCUUGAGAGAGCUUAUCAUCUCGGAUCCCUUCUCCUCCAUAGCCAACUCGAUGAACCCGCCGCAAGAUAAGUCCAGUGAUACAACCUGGUUUUGGUCUUGGGUAUCAAUUUUAUAUUCUAAUUGAGGCCGGUGGAAAAAAAAACCCUACGAUGCGUCUCACAUCUCUCAAAGAAUUGGACCAGUCAGAGGGAACGGUCAAACUGCAGCAAGAGAGAGGCGAGAAUGGUGCUGAGAUCGUUCUUGUCCCAGCUCCCUCAAAGACGGACCCAAAUGACCCACUAUGUUGGCCUCUGUGGAAGAAACAUGUUGCUUUUACAUCAAUCUGUGCAUUCACUUUCCUCACCAACUAUGCGAUUGGUGGUCUCGCACCCGCAUUCUUCGGCCUACAUCUCGAGUUCAACAAGUCGAUGACCGAAACAAGCAAUCUGCUUCUCUGGCCAAUCCUCGUCCUUGGCGUGUUCAACUUCUUCUGGGUGCCCCUAGCCAACUACUUCGGGAAGCGCCCUAUUUUCGUCUUCGCCUCGCUCCUCCUCUGUCUCUGCUACGUGUGGGGAGCUACUGCACAGUCUUUCGAAAGCCUCAUGUGGUCCAACAUCAUUGCAGCAUUCGCUGGGUCCUCAACCGAAGCUCUAGGUGCCUCAAUGGUAAACGACUUGUACUUCCUUCACGAACGUGGCGCCAAAAUGGGCAUUUACAUGAACGCAAUUUCUGGGGGGAACACAAUCGGGCCUUUGAUUUGCGGGUUUAUCGUGCAGAGUCUGGGAUGGCGCUGGCAUAAGUGGAUAGCCGUGAUAUUCACUGCGAUCAACUUUGUCGCAGUGCUUUUGUUCGUGCCUGAGACCCGUUACAAUCGAGACCUGGGAAAGUCAAGACUCGAUGCUAGCACGUCCGGCUUGGCCUCGGUUUCGGAAGAAGGAUUCAGCGUUGAGAAAAUCAAAUCAUCCAGUGUUAAAGAGGUCGCACGCCAACCGUCCAGUUUUCCGGUCCCCCAGGUUCCCAAGAAGACCUUCCUCCAAGAACUUAGUCUCUGGUCGGGAACUCCGAAAACAAAUCUUGUUCUUAUGGCAAUUAGGCCGCUCCCUAUGAUCGUGUACCCUGCGGUCAUUUUCUCGUUUCUUUGCUACUCCAUCUCCCUCGUUGUAGUCGUAGCCGUCAACAUCCUGCAAUCUUUUGUGUUACAGGCCCCCCCUUAUAAUUUUCGGCCACAGAUCGUGGGGUUACUUAACAUCCCGGGCCUGCUUGGAAAUCUAUUCGGAGCAUGGGCUGGAGGCAAUAUUGUUGACUGGUUCUGUGCAUGGCGUACUAAGAAGAAUAACGGAAUAUACGAGCCCGAAUCUCGACUCUAUAUGCUCAUCAUCCCGUUCUUGAUCACCCCUGCUGGCUGCAUCGUGUUUGGCUAUGGCGUGGAACGCAGCCUUUCUUGGGUAGCGCUAUUUUUCGGGUAUGGAAUGAUAAGCGUUGCACUUGCAGCGACUCCCACAAUUACGAUGGCUUAUGUCAGUGACUGUGCUCUCCCGGUUAAUUCAGACGCAUUGUUACUUGUUAAUGGAUUAAAAAAUAUUGUCGCUUUUGGGUUUCUUUACGGCAUCGUGCCAUGGGUAGAAAAGGUAGGAUACCGUGAUUGCUUUGGAACCCUGGCUGGUAUCUUCGUGGGAGUGGUUGGAAUUGGUGCGAUCACUUUGAUUAUGUUUGGUGCUAGACUUCGACAUAUAACGGCGCAGUGGCGAAUCAUCCUGUGA